AUGGACAGAUCCCCCGAAGUUUCCCAUUUAUUGGGCCGAACGGGAGAGAAUUGUGACCGACAACCGAUUUUGGAAGACACCUCCCGCCGGAAUCCGCGAAGCAAUGCGGCCACAGGUGCCUCAGCUGCAGGUGUACGUGCCCUUAGUGCGCAGCUUGUUGCCUUUUAUUUCAGAGUUCCUGUAAAGGCGUUUUUCCGCACUCGGGUUGACUAUAUGGCGUUUGCUAGAGCUGUUUACCCACAUCAGCCUGACGGUGGCCGGUGGUCCUUACACACAACCACUCCCGGUCUGCUCAUUCAUGCUGUUCGUACUUACGGAUGGCGGUUUAUACCAUAUCAAGUUAUGCCUCCUCUGUUGGCCAAUGCUGGGGUCGGAGCUGUUUUAUACACGUCUUACCUUCAAGUCCUAGGCGUUUUAUACGAACCUGUUUCAAAGGGUGUAAAGCGCACGUAUCCACCCGCUAGGCCCACUGAUACUUUCACAGCCGGUUUCGUUGCUGGAUCGAUACAGUCCAUUGUCGCUGCCCCCUUGGAUGCUCUACAGGUUCGCCUUAGAACAAACGACAUCAUUGAAGGUCGCUAUCAAAACAUGUGGCAUUAUGGGCAACACAAACUUCACCAAAUCGGAUUACGUGGAAUUUUCGCCGGAUGGAGUCUGUCCCUUUUGCGCGACUCUUUUGGUAGUGCCGUCUUUUUUUCUUUUUUCGAAUACAUCAAAUCACAGGCGUAUUAUUCAUUUUUGACGCGCUAUUACGGGCCCCUUUAUUCGCAAAGGGAAGGAUAUUUGCACCAAUCCCAGUCGAGCGACCGCGGAGUGCCACUCAUUAAACCCCAUUACACUUUGGAGCCGUGCUUCUUACUUGCUGCUGGCCUCAUUGCGUCUGUUGCCCAGCAGACAAUUCAGCACCCAAUAAAUACCGUACAAGGCAUUCACGUUGUGAGGCUGGAGUAUCUCGAUCACCAGGCCACACUGCGCCCUUCGAACCGGCAGAUGCUACAAAUCUAUUAUUUAGCAUACCAAGAAACUUAUAAGCGAUGCAAAAGAAAGGCUGCGCGGGCUGGAGGAUGGGCAAGUUGGUUAUAUCGAGGGUUCUUUGGUAGCGCGCUCCGUCAAGUUCCUAGCACAAGUGCUGGACUGGUGAUUUUCGAGUUAGUGCGCCGCAAAUACGCGAGUUUGGCAGAUGCCAUGUACAUACGGAAGGACGGCUAUGACAUUCUUUUGCCAUGA